AUGGCUGGUCCAUCAUGGAAAUGUCUACUCUCAGAAUUUAAAUCUAAAUAUAUUUACUCAAGUGAUGGGGGUACUGAGAGUGGUUCUAUCUAUAAGAAAUUGAUUAGGGAUGAAUUAUCAAAUUUAAUAGAAAUUAAACAGAGCAUUACGAAUCAAAGACCUAUCUCAAUUUCUGUUCAAAAUAAUGUAGACACGAAUAUUUCUUCAUUGUUUGAUGAGAGAAUAUUAAAACAAUUUAUUGGUUUUGUGAUGGGAAGAAUUAGAGUUAAAGAAAUUUAUUACUGUAACUUGUCAUAUAGUGACGAAUUGGUUCAAUUGUUUGAUUCGUAUGCAUUCUCAGAGUUGGAUUUUGAUUCAUUUGAAAUUAAAUUAGUUUUUGAAAUAAUUGGAGUAGGAGAAUAUGUUAUGAGAAGAAAUUUCUCAUUCGAUAUGGACUUUCUGGGAUAUAGCAGAUAUGUAAAGAACUUUUUCAUUUACAUUUCAACAUUGCAAGAUGAUUUGAAAAAUUUCCAAUCCAAUGAGAUUUUCAAUGUAAACGAGGAAGAAAGAGAACUGCCUCUUCAUGAUGCUUUUAUAUUUAGAAAAAGAAAGGAUCAAUACGAAACAAGUGGAGAAGAAUCAUUACUAAAGGCAUUGAACCAAAUAGUUCCUGAAUUGAAGCAAUAUGAUUUGAGUCCUUUGAAUUAUAUACCUAUAUGGUUAAUGAUUCUUGGAAAAGUUUUGUCGAAUUUUGGAUGUAAUAGACCAUUCAGAGAAGUAUUCAAAUGUUCCAACAAUUAUUCAAACCCACUAAUGAGAAACAUUCUUUCGCAUAGACUUGAAAAGAAGGUUAACAAGCUCUUAUCAGUUUUACAAAAACCAAUAUAUCAAAAAGUAAUUCAAUUAAUUGAGGAAUACGAUGUGGAGGAGAAUAAUACUGAAGCACUGAGUAAUGCAAUCACUGAGAUGGAGUAUAAUUUACCAAAAAGAGUUAGGAAAAUGGAUUUGUACACUUUCCAUAAUUCAUCAAUGGGUAAUAGAAUUCAAAAUGUUAAGAAUUUCUUUCAGUUAAUGAAUUACGAAAGAUUAAUGGAUUACUUUAUCAAAUAUGCAUGUGAUCCUUGA